AUGCGCGCCGGGCGGGCCGCGGACCCCCGCCGCCCCGAGCGGGGCCCCGCGCUCCCCCCGCGCCCGCCGCGGACCCGGCGCCGCGCGCGCCGUCCAAUCGCCUCUCGCGGGCGGCGGGCGGCGCGUGGGCUCGCGCGCGAGCGCGGGCGGCGGCCGAGUGCGCAUGCGCGGGCGUCCCGCGAGCCCGCUGAGGAGCCGAGCCGCGGCGGCGCCGGAGCCGAGUCUGAGGGAGCGAGGCGGCGCGGGAGCGGCGGCGACGGACAGGUGGCGGACCCCGCCCGCGUCCCCGGGCCGCUGGCUGUCCGCGCAGCCUCGCGCUCGGACGUGGCGGCGGCGGCCUCCCCGACCGCCUGCGAGGGAUGCGCCGCCCGCCCCGCGCCGCCUGACCGCCCCCGCCUCGGCUCGCGGUGCGCCACAGCCGGGCCCGCGGCCGUCGCCGCCGCGCUGUCGCCCGGCCGCCGCGCCCGCAGGGCCGCGUCCGGCCCGGCCAUGUGGACCCCCACGGAGGAGGAGAAGUACGGCGUAGUGAUAUGCAGCUUUCGAGGACCUGUCCCUCAAGGGUUGGUCUUAGAAAUAGGAGAAACAGUUCAGAUUCUUGAAAAAUGUGAAGGUAAAUAUAGAGGCUUGAAAUUGCAAAGAGUACAAGUCAAAGGGAUCUUUCCUGCAAAUUACAUUCACUUGAAAAAGGCAAUUGUCAGUAAUAGGGGGCAGUAUGAAACUGUGGUUCCGCUUGAAGAUUCUAUUGUGACUGAAGUUACAGCAACUCUACAAGAAUGGGCCAGUCUGUGGAAACAGCUCUAUGUGAAACACAAAGUAGACCUUUUCUACAAGCUACGCCAUGUGAUGAAUGAACUGAUUGACCUUCGGAGGCAGCUGCUGUCUGGCCACCUGACUCAGGACCAGGGGCGGGAGGUGAAGCGGCAUGUCACUGUGCGCCUGGACUGGGGCAAUGAGCAUUUGGGCCUGGACCUGGUGCCUCGAAAGGACUUUGAAGUAGUGGAUUCGGACCAGAUUAGUGUCUCAGAUCUCUAUAAAAUGCAUUUAUCUAGCCGGCAGAGUGUACAGCAAAGCACAUCCCAGGUAGACACGAUGCGCCCACGUCACGGGGAAAGCUGUCGGAUGCCAGUGCCACAUCACUUCUUCCUCAGCCUGAAGAGCUUCACCUACAAUACCAUUGGGGAAGAUACUGAUGUCUUCUUUUCCUUAUAUGAUAUGAGAGAAGGCAAGCAGAUCAGUGAGCGGUUUCUGGUGAGACUGAACAAGAAUGGUGGGCCAAGGAACCCAGAGAAGAUAGAACGCAUGUGUGCCCUUUUUACAGAUCUGAGCAGCAAAGAUCUGAAGAGAGAUUUAUAUCUAGUUGCCCAUGUGAUACGAAUAGGCCGGAUGCUCCUGAAUGACUCCAGGAAGGGCCCUUCACAUCUGCACUACCGGCGGCCGUACGGCUGCGCAGUCCUAAGCAUCCUGGAUGUACUGCAGUCACUCACAGAGUUAAAGGAAGAAAAGGAUUUUGUUCUCAAGGUCUACACGUGCAACAGCGAGAGCGAGUGGGCCCAGAUCCACGAGAACAUCAUCCGAAAGUCCAGCGCCAAGUACUCUGCCCCCAGUGCCAGUCACGGGCUUAUCAUUUCUCUGCAGCUUCUUCGUGGAGACAUGGAGCAGAUUAGGAGAGAAAACCCCAUGAUAUUUAAUAGGGGAUUGGCGACUACGAGAAAAUUGGGAUUUCCUGAUGUCAUCAUGCCAGGCGAUAUCCGCAACGACCUGUACCUAACCCUGGAGAAGGGGGAUUUCGAGAGAGGGGGGAAGAGUGUGCAAAAGAAUAUCGAGGUGACCAUGUAUGUGCUUUAUGCAGACGGAGAAGUCUUGAAGGAUUGCAUCAGCUUGGGUUCGGGGGAGCCGAAUCGCAGUUCCUACCACUCCUUCGUCCUCUACCACAGCAACAGCCCUCGCUGGGGGGAGAUGGUCAAGCUGCCCGUCCCCAUUGACCGGUUCCGGGGCUCUCACCUGCGCUUCGAGUUCAGACACUGCUCCACAAAGGACAAAGGGGAGAAGAAGCUCUUCGGCUUCGCAUUCUCUCCUCUGAUGCGGGACGACGGCACCACUCUCUCCGAUGACACCCACGAGCUCUACGUGUACAAGUGCGAUGAGAACAGCACGUUCAACAACCACGCCCUGUACCUGGGCCUGCCCUGCUGCAAGGAGGACUACAGUGGCUGCCCAAACAUCCCCUCCAGCCUCAUCUUCCAGCGCAGUGCCAAGGAGUCUUUCUUCAUCUCCACACAGCUGUCCUCCACCAAGCUCACCCAGAAUGUGGACCUCCUCGCGCUGCUGAAGUGGAAGGCCUUUCCCGACCGCAUCAUGGAUGUCCUGGGGCGGCUGCGGCAUGUCAGCGGAGAGGAGAUCGUGAAGUUUCUGCAGGACAUCUUAGAUACACUCUUCGUGAUUCUGGAUGACAACACGGAGAAAUAUGGCCUGCUGGUGUUCCAGUCCUUGGUGUUCAUCAUCAACCUGCUCAGAGACAUCAAGUAUUUCCACUUCCGGCCUGUAAUGGACACAUACAUCCAGAAGCACUUUGCUGGAGCCCUGGCAUAUAAGGAGCUCAUCCGCUGUCUGAAGUGGUACAUGGACUGCUCCGCGGAACUCAUUCGGCAGGACCACAUUCAGGAAGCCAUGCGGGCCUUGGAGUACCUGUUCAAGUUCAUCGUGCAGUCGAGGCUCCUGUACUCGCGAGCCACCUGCGGGAUGGAGGAAGAGCAGUUCCGCUCCAGCGUCCAGGAGCUUUUCCAGUCCAUCCGGUUCGUGCUCAGCCUGGACAGCAGGAGCUCAGAGACUCUCCUCUUCACCCAGGCCGCACUCCUCAGCUCCUUCCCAGCCAUCUUUGACGAGCUGCUGCAGAUGUUCACCGUGCAGGAGGUGGCUGAGUUUGUGAGAGGGACCCUGGGGAGCAUGCCCAGCACUGUACACAUCGGGCAGUCGAUGGACGUGGUGAAGCUGCAGUCCAUUGCCAGGACCGUGGACAGCCGCCUCUUUUCCUUCUCAGAAUCCCGCCGCAUCCUGCUUCCUGUGGUUCUCCAUCAUAUUCACCUUCACCUGAGGCAGCAGAAGGAGCUGCUCAUCUGCUCAGGGAUUCUUGGCAGCAUCUUCUCCAUAGUCAAGACCAGCUCUCUGGAGGCAGAUGUCACGGAGGAGGUAGAAAUGAUGGUGGAGAGCCUCUUGGACGUGCUCUUGCAGACUCUGCUCACCAUCAUGAGCAAAUCGCAUGCUCAGGAGGCGGUAAGAGGGCAGCGGUGCCCGCAGUGCACAGCCGAGAUCACUGGUGAGUACGUGUCCUGCCUUCUCUCGCUGCUCCGCCAGAUGUGUGACACCCAUUACCAGCACCUCCUGGACAACUUCCAGAGCAAAGAUGAACUCAAGGAAUUCCUGCUGAAGAUUUUCUGUGUGUUCCGGAACCUGAUGAAGAUGAGUGUCUUUCCUCGGGACUGGAUGGUGAUGAGACUUCUCACAAGCAAUAUUAUAGUCACCACUGUCCAGUACCUGUCCUCAGCACUGCACAAGAAUUUCAUAGAGACAGACUUCGACUUCAAGGUGUGGAAUUCUUAUUUUAGCUUGGCAGUUCUGUUCAUAAAUCAGCCAAGCCUCCAGCUAGAAAUCAUCACUUCAGCCAAGAGGAAGAAGAUUCUAGAUAAGUAUGGGGACAUGCGUGUGAUGAUGGCCUACGAACUGUUCAGCAUGUGGCAGAAUCUGGGUGAACAUAAGAUCCAUUUUAUUCCGGGAAUGAUUGGCCCUUUUCUGGGCGUGACGCUGGUCCCACAGCCAGAGGUGCGGAAUAUCAUGAUCCCCAUCUUUCAUGACAUGAUGGACUGGGAACAGAGGAAAAACGGCAACUUCAAGCAGGUGGAGGCCGAGCUGAUUGACAAGCUGGACAGCAUGGUGUCUGAAGGGAGAGGCGACGAGAGCUACAGGGAGCUCUUCGGGCUGCUAACCCAGCUGUUUGGGCCCUACCCCAGCCUACUGGAGAAGGUGGAACAGGAGACGUGGCGUGAGACCGGUGUAUCCUUCGUGGCCUCGGUCACCCGCCUCAUGGAGCGCCUUCUUGACUACAGGGACUGCAUGAAAGGGGAGGAGACGGAAAACAAGAAGAUUGGCUGCACGGUUAACCUGAUGAACUUCUACAAAUCAGAGAUUAACAAGGAAGAGAUGUAUAUCCGCUAUAUCCAUAAGCUUUGUGACAUGCAUUUGCAGGCUGAGAACUACACAGAGGCGGCGUUCACCCUGCUCCUGUACUGCGAGCUGCUGCGCUGGGAGGAGCGGCCGCUGCGGGAGCUCCUGCACUACCCGGCCCAGACUGAGUGGCAGCGCAAGGAGGGCCUGUGCCGCAAGAUCCUCCACUACUUCAGCAAGGGCAAGAGCUGGGAGUUCGGGAUCCCCCUGUGCAGGGAGCUGGCCUGUCAGUAUGAGAGCCUCUACGAUUAUCAGAGCCUCAGCUGGAUUCGGGUGGGCCGGCGGGGGCUGCCAGUCAGUGCCCGACACCGCUUUGUCAAAGGGGAUCUGCCUAGGUGCCCUCCCCCACUCUGCUGCAUCAGGCUGACCCGGAUGGCCCAGGGCUCUCUGCCCACGAGGCGCUCUCCAUACGCCCGCAACAAGGAGUACGUGUGCCGUGGCCACGACUACGAGAGGCUGGAAGCCUUCCAGCAGAGGAUGCUCAGCGAGUUCCCGCAGGCCGUCGCCAUGCAGCACCCCAACCGCCCCGACGAUGCCAUCCUGCAGUGCGAUGCCCAGUACUUGCAGAUCUAUGCAGUGACGCCCAUUCCAGAUUAUGUGGACGUCUUGCAGAUGGAUAGGGUCCCGGACCGUGUCAAGAGCUUCUACCGCGUCAACAACGUGAGGCGGUUCCGGUACGACAGACCUUUUCACAAAGGCCCCAAGGACAAGGAGAAUGAAUUCAAGAGCCUGUGGAUCGAACGCACCACGCUGACCCUGAGCCACAGCCUGCCUGGCAUCUCCCGCUGGUUCCAAGUGGAGAGGCGGGAGCUGGUGGAGGUGAGCCCUCUGGAGAAUGCCAUCCAAGUGGUCGAGAAUAAAAACCAGGAGCUGCGGGCCCUGAUCGGCCAGUACCAACACAAACAGGCACAUGGCAACAUCAACCUGCUGAGCAUGUGCCUGAACGGCGUCAUCGACGCGGCUGUCAAUGGCGGCGUUGCGCGCUACCAAGAGGCCUUCUUCGAUAAAGAGUACAUCACCAAGCACCCAGGGGACUCUGAGAAGAUCGCCCAGCUCAAGGAGCUCAUGCAGGAGCAGGUCCACAUCCUUGGAGUCGGGCUGGCAGUUCAUGAGAAGUUCGUGCACCCAGAGAUGCGCCCUCUGCAUAAGAAACUGAUUGACCAGUUCCAGGUGAUGCGCGCCAGCCUCCACCACGAGUUUCCAGGUUUGGACAAGCUCAGUCCCUCAUGUUCAGGCACCAGCACCCCACGGGGAAAUGUCCUCGCCUCCCACAGCCCCAUGAGCCCCGAGAGCAUGAAGAUGGCCCACCGGCACAGCCCCGUGACCUUGAUGGGCACAGGCCGCCACUCCUCCUCCUCCCUCUCCUCACACGCGUCUAGUGAAGCGGGAAACGCGGUGAUGCUGGGGGGCAGCGCCAUCGGCGAGGCUCCCGAGGACCUGUACCACCACAUGCAGCUCGCGUAUCCCGGCCCCAGGUACCAGGGCUCAGCCACCAACGUCUCUGUUCUGUCCUCGUCCCAGGCAAGCCCUUCUUCCUCCAGCUUGAGUUCCACCCACUCAGCACCAUCCCAGAUGAUCACCUCUGCCCCGUCCAGUGCCCGAGGCUCUCCCUCUCUGCCAGAUAAGUACCGACACGCCCGGGAAAUGCUGCUGCUGCCCACACACCGGGACCGCCCAAGCAGCGCCAUGUACCCAGCGGCCAUCCUGGAGAAUGGACAGCUGCCAAAUUUCCAGCGGGCCCUGUUCCAGCAAGCAGUGGGGGCCUGCAAACCCUGCAGCGACCCCAACCUGUCUGUGGCUGAGAAAGGUCAUUACUCCCUGCACUUUGACGCCUUCCACCACCCCCUGGGCGAUGCACCCCCGGCCCUCCCUGCCCGGACCCUGCGCAAGUCUCCCCUCCACCCUAUCCCAGCCUCCCCAACAAGCCCCCAGUCGGGCCUGGAUGGCAGCAACUCGACAUUGUCCGGCAGCGCCAGCAGUGGCGUGUCCUCCUUGAGCGAGAGUAACUUUGGGCACUCUUCAGAGGUCCCACCUCGAACCGACACCAUGGACUCCAUGCCGAGCCAGGCCUGGAAUGCUGAGGACGACCUUGAGCCGCCCUACCUCCCUGUCCACUACAGCCUCUCUGAGUCUGCUGUUCUGGACUCCAUCAAGGCCCAGCCAUGCCGAAGCCACUCAGCCCCGGGAUGCGUCAUCCCUCAGGACGCCAUGGACCCACCUGCACUGCCACCCAAACCCCACCAUACCCGCCUGCCAGCCCCGGAGCACGAUGAGGGCGUGCUGCUGCGAGAAGAGGCCGGCAGGCCACGGGGCCUGCACCGCAAGGCCUCCAUGCCUCCCGGGAGCACCAAGGAGGAUCAGGCCCGCAUGGCCUGGGAGCAUGGCCGAGCUGAGCAGUGACGGUGGGAGGUGGCCGAGCGCCCUGGGUGAGCAGCUUGCCGGCCACCACGCCAGGCCUAAGAAGCAAGUGCUCUGGGGCAGAGGCCUGGCGCUCAGGAGAGAACCACCCCAGUCUGCGUGCAACUGCCGUGAACUCGUGUGUUGCCGUGUCCAGAGGCCGCAGCAGCAUGAAGGGUUGUGGCUUCUCUUUUUAUUUCAUUGUCUACAUUUCCAUUUCAAUGGGUUUCCUUCCUUCCAUUGUGCAGUCGAUGCCUCAUCGUCCUACAGUUGCAGCCCACGUGGCUCUGUGAGAGGACACGACAGGCAGAAGAGCUCGGCCACUCUGCAGGCCCGGCAGGGGGUGGGGCAGGAGCCCCGGCCUCCGCCCCAGGGCGGAGAGGCACAGAAUGGGAUUGCACUAGGGCCCUCUUCCUUUGCUGUGUGGACAGAAGAGCUCCUGGUUGGAUUCCAGGGUUGCAACGACCAUGUGGGCUACAUGGCACAGGCGGACAAGGGGGCUACAAGCCGUUUUGCACAAAUGCUACCCACUUACUAGUCUGGGAGUGUGUGGCUGAGGGGCUGGCUGGGCCAACUUGCUGGCUCAGGCAUGUGACCUGUGGCCUGGCCUUGCUGCCCCCCUGGGGCAUGCUGGCAGGCUUCCAGGGUCAGCACUGCCUCCUACCCUACCCUGGAGUUUUCCCUCCAUUGCUUUGAUUUCUGAACAGUUGCUCCCUUCUGCUCUCAAUACACCUCAUGCCCUGCAGGAGCCCCCCCAUGAAGGGAUCUGCAAAGGGGUGGUCUCCUGCCCACCGGGGCUUGGGUUGGGAGUGUGGAACCAGAGGGACCCUAGCCACCUUCUUCUCUGGGGCCCAGGGGCCAUGUGUUUUGAGAGGCAAGCUGGUGUAGGAGUGACCCUGGGAUGUGGCAGGGGCCCGAAGCCCCACCGAGCCGUCAGAAUGACCAAAAUGCCCACCACCCAGCUCCUGAAUCAGGGAUUUUCAGCACUACCUCUGAGCAGUGGGGCUGGCUGCCCAGCCAGGCUUCCAGGCCCUGAGGACUUGUGGUCAGGUUCAGCAAGCUCCUGGGUAAAAAGGGUGGGACAGAGCUUCUCCUUUUGGAAGUAGAGAGCCACAGAGGUUAAAUGACCCUUUCCCAAGUGGCCCAGAGCACGGCUUCCGCUCCAGGCCCAUGGGGACCACCACUCAGGGUUCAAGGUAGGCAGAAGGGUGGUUUCUCCAGCCACCCCAGUCUGCUGGGCAGAGCGCAGUGGUCUUUAUAGGAAAGUUUUCAGGUCAGGGCACUGAUUUUCUUCUUGGUUUAUUAUUUGCGGGGACAGUUUGGGUGGCAAUAGUGUUUUACCAGGGUGCUUCUAAGUUACUUAGAAAAAAAAAAGUCUACAGGCAAAGUAGUUUUUUCUUUCAUUUGCUUGAGUUCACAUCUUUGGUGGUCACAGGCUGCCUUCUCCUUGCCGAGCAGGGGUCCUCUUCCCUAGUUCCUCUUCCAGCGACCUGUGACUGGUCUCUGUGACUAGGCCCUAGACCCGUCCCUUCCUCACAGCUCCUUUCCAAACAAGACCACGGUCAGCAUGUUGUCCUCUAGUCAACAAAUGCCAGCGGGGUGAAUAACAGGGAUGCAGUAAGUAGCCCACUAGGAAAGAUGAAGGGCACCUGGGGGUGUUUAUCACCAGAGGGGGUCCUUUCUGGUACUAAGGACGACUUAGCCAGCACACUGAUCCAGGCAAAGUGGAUCAGUCAUGGCAGCCCCACCUCGGAAGGCGGGCCUGGACCAUCUGGUGUUCACCAGUGUUAGAGGGUCAGGGGCUCGCUUUGGAUUUGACUUAGGUGGGAAGGCAUCUGUAGAUUUUAGGAAGUUCUGAACCUUAGUCCCUGGACAGGCCAGUGGUCACAUAGGAACAUGUCCCUUCUCCACCUGGUGGUGCAGGGCUGGGAGUCUAGCGGGCGGGGUAGGUCAGGAAGUGUGCGUUGGUUCAGCCUCGCGUCCUGCAUGCUGAGUGGGGUUUGUUUCCCCUCGCCAUUUUCCCUGACGGAUGAAAAGGACAAAUUCCAAAUCUCUCUUGUUGGGAGAACCAGCCGGUCUGCGGGGAAAUGGGAGGCCAGAGAUGAGAAUACUCUGAAUAGAUUGUGAAAAACAGAUUUUCAUUCUUUCAAGCAUAUUUGUAAAUAACCUAUUUGAAUGCUGUGUAUUUGUACAGGAAUUUGAGCAAAAAAUGUAUAGAGUGUUAUGUCCCAUUGGUAUUCAGCCCUAUAAAUGUGUUUUUAACCUCUGAUAUCCUGUGCUUAUUUAAAAUAAGAAAACUUCUAACCAUUGCUUUUGUGUAUUUAUGUUUAAAAAGUGAUUUAAAAAUGAUCUUACCUGUACCAGAGAGCAAAGUUAAAAAAAUUUGUACUAGUGUCCCAAGAGGUAUUUCACUGUAUAUAUGUGGUAGCAUGUUCUAAACCCAGCAAGUAACGUGAAUUUUAGAUGUAAAUACCUGCCACUCGGUCUCCCCCACCCCCUCCCCUGACUGCUGUGAUGUGAAUUAAAGGUGAAUACUGAC